AUGGAAACUAUCGCUGAUCAGCUGCUGUUCAGAAAAAAGAAAACCACAGCGGCGAUCAACCUCCUCUCCGGAGGCACGGCAGGCCUCUGCGAAGCCCUCUCAUGCCACCCUCUAGACACCAUCAAGGUCCGGAUGCAGCUCACAACAAGAGCCGCCGACGGAGCGAAACGCGUCGGUUUCUUCGGCACCGCCAAAAACAUAGUCUCGCACGAGGGCUUCUUCGCGCUCUACAAGGGCCUCGGCGCAGUCAUAACCGGCAUCGUGCCCAAGAUGGCCAUCCGCUUCUCGUCCUUUGAGUACUACAAAACCGCGCUCGCCAAUAAAGAGACCGGCAAGACGUCGCCUACAGGUGUGUUUUUCGCCGGUCUCGCGGCUGGUACCACCGAGGCCGUGCUGGUCGUCAACCCGACCGACGUCGUCAAGAUCAGACUCCAGGCUCAGCACCACUCCAUGACCGAUCCGCUUGACGCUGCUCCAAAGUACCGCAACGCGGCCCAGUGCGCUUACUUGAUUGUCCGGGAAGAAGGUCUUCGUGUGCUUUACCGCGGCGUCAUCCUCACCGCUCUGCGACAGGCCACCAACCAAGCCGUGAACUUCACCGCCUACACCGAGCUCAAAGCCUACUGCGCAAAGCUGCAGCCCGAGCUCACCGAGCUGCCUUCUUACCAGCACAUGGUCCUCGGCCUCAUCUCCGGCGCCCUAGGUCCUCUCUCCAACGCCCCGAUCGACACAAUCAAGACGCGAAUGCAGCGCGAGAAAGCAACCAGAGGCGAGUCGGCGCUCGGCCGCGUCGGCAGAAUAUCGCGUAAUCUCAUACAAAAAGAGGGAUUCCUCGCGUUCUACAAGGGUAUCACUCCCCGCGUCAUGCGAGUCGCCCCUGGCCAGGCAGUCACUUUUGCGGUUUAUGAACAGGUCUCGACGUUCCUUGAAACCAUUCCGGCUCUUUCUGGGAAAGCGGUUCUCAGCGCCGAGGAUUAG